AUGGAUGGUCUGACCACUAACGGCGUCAUGAUCCUUCGACCGCGCGUCCCGAGCUCAGACGAUUCCACAGUUAACGCUGGGUCGUGUGGUAUCACUAGAAACCACCGUUAUUCCGUCGGUUGUGAUCUUCACGGUGGUGGUUUUAUUGCUUGUGCCAUCUUUUUAUCCACUUCGAAUCCGGUGUCUCGCCUUCUACUUUUGCCCACUGCAUUACCACUAAUACACUCGCUGCUUCCACUGAAGUCCUUUCCACCUGUUCCUUUUUCCUUUAUCUUGUCAACAAUUUCGGGAAACUUCCGGAAAGACUCGCCUACUCAGUCUCAUUGGCGAGAAGUGAGCAUAUGUGGCUCCGUCUACGAAAUGCGCAACAAUCGUUCCGUUCCAACCGAGGCGAAUCGAGUGGACGAGGAUAACGUCUUGUUGGACAAAACUUUAAUAGAUCUUUGUGGAGUCACCCUACUCUGGCGUUCUGGAUCUGGCUUGUUGGAGAGUGCCAGCGCCAACGACCUUCGCCUAAUGGUCGACGGACUCAAUCUCGCCCGUUUCCAAUGUCCUGUGCUAUAUCGCACUCUUCGGCUACCGGCCCCGGAUCCCCAGCUGUUCCCUAUUCAACCUGGAUUGGUCAAAUUGGGUGAUUGGCUUGAUACUUCCCUAUACGACACAAAAUCCGAGCCAUAUGUCUACCUUAGUUGUGGCCAUGUACACGGUUGGCACACAUGGACAGCCUCGGGGGACAUGAAUUCGCAAGCCCGAACAUGCCCCCUAUGUUUACAGCCUUCCCCCUUUGUCCCUCUUCGGAUGGGACUCGAGUCCGCGUUCUACAUAGACCGCUCCUUUGCCACGCACUGUUUUAACCCAUGCGGACACAUGGCGUCCGAGGCAACUGUUCGUUUUUGGUGUUCCGUCCGACUGCCAACGGUGCAUAGCUUCGAUCUGAAGGCUCGGUGUCCAUUCUGCUUAGUCUCUAUCAAUCCAAAGCCAGUGCAAUUCCCGUUUUGGAUGAUCCAAUGGUCUCUGCCAAAUAAAGACUCACAGAUUCCACUAUCCCUUUGUACAAACCCUCACACACGUGACGCACAUUAUACCGAUUGUUUCCAAAGAAGUUCGAAGACACUUCUUCCCAGCGCAAUCGUGGUUUUUCUUAUCCGUUGA